GAAGGAAAUCAACCUCUCUUGAUUGAUUCAGAACCUACUGCCAACUUGGCCGCUGCUAUGACCUUUUGUAGUUCUUCUUCUUCUUCGCUCGUUUCAUCACCUUCUCUUACACACUACAAUAACAAUACAUGUAUUAUGCCCAACAUGAUCCCAUUUACUGCUUCCAAUGACCCAAUGUUUCUCAAUAACCCUAUGCCUGUAAAUCAUCAUGCAUCUUUUAUUCCUGCCGACAUGAACCCCAUGCUCUACGCCAGCCUUCCUCUCCAGCCGACUCAAACAAGAGAUGUCAAGCCAACGAAAUGCACCGCCAAGAACAAGAUUUAUGACUGCAAUCUAUGCCCCCGCUCAUUUGCAAGAAAACAUGACCUUCAGCGCCAUAUUCGGGUUCACACAGGUGCAAAACCUUAUUACUGCUUAAACUGCGAGAAGGCCUUUGCACGUACAGAUGCCCUUAAACGUCACUUACGAAUGGAGGAAUCAUGUCGUAUGAGUCCUGUGAUUCAAGCACUCAAGAAUGUUGGUAUGCGACGCUAUAGAAACCUGUAAAUAGGCCUCAUGGUGUCAUAUUCAUUAUACAUAGAUAUCAUUUUCUUUUUAAAUUAUACAUAAGCAUUUAUUUUAUUUUUUUUCUGUUGAAAAAAGGGUUGAACCCUUAUUACCCCUUCAUUCUUUAUAAAUUACUACACCCCCCCUUUUUUUU